AUGGGUGGUGGUGCUGUUGAGAGGAAGGUACAAACUACAGCAGCAAACACGGGUGGCAAAUUCCGUCCUAUUCUCGUCAAGGGUCCAGCAGCAGCAGCCGCUGCUUCUGCUACUACUGGAGGGACAGUCACCACUGCUCCUCGUGCUGCUGCUACUGCUGCUCCUGCUGCUGCUGCUGCUCCUCCUGCUCCCUCCCGCAUCGCCACGACCAUGACCCCACCAGCAGUGGUUUCUACACCAAAUACUCCCGCAGCUGACACUGAUAUCGAGGAGUACUAUAACGAGGAUGAUGCCACUGCAGCGGCCACUCUAGCAGCCGCAGCAUCAGCAGCAGCAGCAGCAAGGGCAGGGAGAGUGAGAGGAAGAGUCCCCAGCGCCUUUGACCUGGCCCUGUCUUUGCCUCUGCAGAACCCCCCGGCCUUUCCCUUUCCGUUCCCCCUGCCACUGGCGCAACGACACGACACCAGAGCCCUGAGACAGCUAUCUGCCCCUGUCACGCGAUCACUAGAACAGCAUCAAAGCCACGCUAAUGAGCUUCCUGUUUCUCCUGGGGGAGAUACCGUGAAGGUUGAAGCUUCUGAUGGUGUGGGUGUUGCUGCCAGAGGUGGAGUGGCAGCGGGAAGGGAAGGGGGACAAACAGCCAAUGCUGCUGCGCAAGCGCCGGGGAUAGUCAAGGUGGGGUCGAUGCCUGGUGCUACCGCAGCAGGAACAGCAGGUGUGGUGGAUGGGGGGGAAGAGGUGAGGUCAAGUGUACUGAUGCAGUUCAGAGAGGGCUUCCCUGCUUCUGGCUUGCCGUGGGACGCGCUUAAGUGGUGGGGUGCGGAGGGAGGGAAUGCAGGCGACAUAGGUGGUGUGGGAGGAGUGAAAAGAGUGGGCGGAGGGGAUUUAGUUUGCAAGGCUGACAGGGGAACUGGGGAGGAUGGGAGUGGUGCUUCGAAGGGUGUUGUGCUGGCAAGUGGCGGUGAUCUCGCUGUGCUCUCGUUUGUGUUUGGUGCUUACACUCCUCGCCAGUGGUGCUGCGAUGGUUAG